UGGGCGGGCUUAGGGCCAGCGCAGAGCCUAGAGUUGCGGGCUGAGGAGACUGGUCUGUUCGCGGUAGGCAUCCAGACGGCGGAGCCUGGACGCCAGCAGAACCUAAGAGUCAGUUUUUCAUGAAAAAAAAGAAAAAAACCAAAAACAUUGGACUAGGAGUCAACAGUAACUACCUCUUCACCAACUUGGUACUGUGCAAGUCAUCCUACCUCCCUGGAUCUCAGUUGCCUCAUCUGUAAAAAAAGAAGAUAAAAAUUCUUUAUCUGUCUGAAGAAUAAAUUCUCAGCCAAUCCUAUUUGGAUCAGUCCACUGUUUCACCGUCAUCCAGCUCACUGUCUCCGGUUGUAGCUUUCUUACGGAAGAAGUGGGUGAUAAAGGAAAAUAGACGCCCAUUCUUCUUGACCUGAUAUUGGGAAAAAAAAUGAGGUGGAGGACCGUUCUACUAUGGUAUUGUUUUCUCUUGGUCACGUGUCUGCUUUCUGCUCUUCACGCUGUGCCCAUAGACAUUGACAAGACAAAAGUACAGAACAGCGAACCUGUGGAAAGUGCAAAGAUAGAACCGCCAGAUACUGGGCUUUAUUAUGAUGAAUAUCUCAAGCAAGUUAUUGAUGUGCUAGAGACAGAUAAACAUUUCAGAGAAAAGCUUCAGAAAGCAGACAUAGAGGAAAUAAAGAGUGGGAGGCUAAGCAAAGAGCUGGACUUAGUAAGUCACCAUGUGAGGACAAAACUUGAUGAACUGAAAAGGCAAGAAGUUGGAAGGUUAAGAAUGCUAAUUAAAGCUAAAUUGGAUUCGCUUCAAGAUGUAGGCAUGGACCACCAAGCUCUUCUAAAACAAUUUGAUCACCUAAACCAUAUGAAUCCUGACAAGUUUGAAUCCACAGAUUUAGAUAUGCUAAUCAAAGCGGCGACAAAUGAUUUGGAACAGUAUGAUAAGACUAGACAUGAAGAAUUUAAAAAAUAUGAAAUGAUGAAGGAACAUGAACGGAGAGAAUAUUUAAAAACACUUGAUGAACAAAAGAGAAAAGAAGAAGAAUCUAAAUUUGAAGAAAUGAAGAAAAAGCAUGAAAAUCAUCCCAAAGUUAAUCAUCCAGGAAGCAAAGAUCAACUAAAAGAGGUAUGGGAAGAGACUGAUGGAUUGGACCCUAAUGACUUUGACCCCAAGACAUUUUUCAAAUUACAUGAUGUCAACAGUGAUGGAUUCCUGGAUGAACAAGAAUUAGAAGCCCUGUUUACUAAGGAGUUGGAGAAAGUGUACAAUGCCCACAACGAAGAGGAUGACAUGGUGGAAAUGGAGGAAGAAAGGCUUAGAAUGAGGGAACAUGUGAUGAAUGAGGUUGAUACAAACAAAGACCGAUUGGUGACUCUGGAGGAAUUUUUGAAAGCUACAGAAAAAAAGGAAUUCUUGGAGCCAGAUAGCUGGGAGACAUUGGAUCAGCAACAGUUCUUCACAGAGGAAGAACUAAAAGAAUAUGAAAAUAUUAUUGCUUUACAAGAAAACGAGCUUAAGAAGAAGGCAGAUGAGCUUCAGAAACAGAAAGAAGAGCUACAGCGUCAGCAUGACCAGCUGGAGGCUCAGAAGCAGGAAUAUCAUCAGGCUGUACAGCAGAUGGAACAAAAAAAGUUACAACAAGGAAUUGCUCCGUCAGGUUCACCUGGAGAACUAAAGCUCAAGCCAUACGCUUAAAGUUCUGAAGUUCACCAGCACUUGGAAGAGAACUGUUCAUUCAACAUCUCUUUCAUCUUGUAACUCCUCUUCUUCCUUUCUGCUCAAUAAAUAUUUUAAAGCAUAUUUGCAAUAAAGGAAAAUAUCUUUAAAA